UUUAAGGAGCAAAGUGACACACACCAUCUGAGUUUUCUCCAACGUUCCGAAAUCAAGAAAAAAAGCCCCUAAUCAUCAACCAACCGUUCUCACAAUACCCACUUAAUCUCUAAUCUCACCCAAACCGCGAUUAUCUCGACCAAUAUCACUUAAUAGCGUUUUAAGUGCCAACUAAUUUGCGUUCACUCUCACUCGUUGUUCUCCAAUUCGCUGGUGAUGGGGUGUCGCGUGUCAAAGCUGAAAAAAGUGCCCAAAAGAACCCUAAAAGAAGGGUCGGUGAUCAGGGAUGAACAUGACGAGACAGUUGUUGAGGGUGACGGUGCUUUUAGUGAGGUGGAUUUAAUGGAAAAACGCGAGGAGGAAGUGAUUCGGAAGGACCUGGACGAGACCCCGGAACUGUUCGUGCUGAAUAACGUGUUGUUCGGGACGAGGUUCUUGAGGAAUUAUCGGGACGACAUUAACAAGGUGUACCGACAAAUCGAGAAAACCGACGACCAGUACUGGGAACCCGAUUUGGUGAUGGCCAGGGCGAAUAGGAACAUGAUCUUCCGCCCUAUGCACGGCCCCAAAAAGGAUGUAGCGGAGCCCCUGGUCACCCGAAGAAUCUACGUCCCCAUGAACGAAUUCAUCGGGGUUCACAACCCUUUCGACGACGAUUCCCCGGGGGGGUUAAUGGGGAACGGUGAUAGCAAGUAUCAAGUGACAAUCGAGGAGGGCAAAAGAGACGGUUAUGUGAAGCUGCAAAGGAUCAACGUGGAGCACGAGUUUCCCAAUACGAAGGACACGCUAUCGGUGAUCCAGUCGUCCCAUACGUCUGGCAGUAGCGACACCGAGUCCACGGGAACCUGGAUGGGAACCGAGGAAAAUCGCCAGCUGGUCAAUGAUCAGUUUGAGGAGGGGACUUUGGACGAUUGUUUCGUUUUUCGGCGUAACAAAAAGGCGGACGUGGACCUCGACCUGGAAGAGCUCGACCACGAGAACCUAAACGACGACGACGUGUACGACAUAAUUUCCUACCUGCCUCCGAAGAAGUUCAUGCAAUACUUCCAAAGUAAAGUGUUCAAAGAAAACAUCAAAGAACAACUCGGUUUGGUGCAGUACGAGAUCGACCGGGCCCAAGUGGACAAACACUCGCCCGGCAAAAUAUUCUGCAAUUUACGUGACGGCAAUGGCAAUUGUUACCCGGUGGAGAUCGUGCCUUGCCUGAAGUGCACCUGGCCGAGCAGGCAAACUUACGAUUUUACCGCGAAACAUUCGAACGGGAAGUUUCGAUGGCCCACGGACGAAAUGCUGAAGGAGUUGACGAAGUUACAGUGUGCCUUGGUACCCAGCAAGAAACUCCUCAAAGGAAACUCGAUCAGCAAUAGACCUAAUAAUAGAAGCGACUUGGAGUGGGAAAUCAAGUUUCCACUAGCAGAGAGCUACUUGGAAACGGUCCUGCGACCGGAACAAAUAAAAUGCUACUUGGCCCUACUAACAUUAUUCAAAGAGCACUUGGAGCCGUACACAAAAGGCCACGGGGUCACCCCUGAGCACCUGCUCACCCUCAUCCUGUGGGAAUCCGAGAAGAGUUAUCAGGGAUGGCCCGAGCACCGCCUAGGCCUGAAACUCCGCGACAUAAUAACCCACAUAUCGAACAGCUUAUGCCAGAGAAACCUCAAAGAUUUCUUCAUAAGGAACAGGAACUUGCUUAAGAACGUUUCCAGGAAACACCUGGAGUUUGCCAACGAACUAUUUCAUCGAGUCAAAGAGUCACCGCUGACGUACUUCAUAAGGGCUUUGAGGAACAUACGGCACACCACCGGAUCGUUUUAUCCGCCGUUGGACUAUAAGGCACUGCUGGAUAUUCUUUAUAAAACCGAUUGGCAGGAGGUGAACUAUUUAACGUUGGACGAUGAUAAAAGCGAGUCAAACCAGGAGAGGAAACCGAAGUUUCGGGACGCCGAAAAGCAGCUGGCUUACGUGAAAGAGCGAGAGCGUCGCAAGAAACUGAUGAAGCAGAACGAGAUGAAGAGUCAUUCGGGGCAAAACGGGCUGGUCAGUUAUAGCGUGGCCCAUGCGGAACGUAGAGGGAGCUGCGACAGUAUCGAUAUAAAUUGGGAAUGCGAGCAAAAGUUCCACAAGCAAAAGAAAAUCGCCCUGCUAAAGUUCUUUAUCGACCAUCACAUGGAUAUGGCCAGGGUAAGCUUGAAAAUAGCCACUUUAAAGCAAACCCUACUGUACCUAAAACAGGCCCGACAUCUGGCCAAAAUCCUACAAUCCGAAACUGAACUUUUCCCCGAAGAAAGUCUCCGAUUACUAGAGGAGAUUAGAGUAGAAGAGGAUAAAGUGAUGGCCACCAUGGAGGAGAACCUGCGGAAGUUUGGACACACUGAUGCCCCAGAAAUAGAUGAAAAAGAGGACGAGGAGGAUGAAGAAGACGUUUUGUCCGGACUGGAUGACGUGGAAGGUUUUGAGGAGGAGCAGGAGGAGGAGGAGGAGGAGAAAGACGUUUAUGCAGAAGUUAUCAGGCAGAUUAGGCAAACUAAGAUUAAUUUGAGGGCCUUAAGUAGGCAGUUCAAUAGUAGUUUUAUCGAAGGUGACUGAGGAGUGAAGCGUUCUAAAAAGGUGUUUUAGUGUACAGUUUAACGGGAGGGAGUCGAAGUAUUUAUUAGUUGAUACACGCCCUGGACUGUUCCUCUUGUUGUAGUGAUUUCUUACUUAUUCCAGAGUUUUGCGGACGUGUCAUUUUUAUUUCAGGCGUUCGGGGUAAUUUUUGACUUUAGUCCAGGCAUCUGACGGCACUUCCAGGGGUUUUUUGGUAGGAAUUCGAGGAUUUCUGAGGUAAUUUUUGAACUUAUUCCAGGCAUUUAGGGAAAUUUAAUUUUUUAGUCCAGGCAUUUGGCAUCGAUUUCGAUUUUAUUUCCAGAAUCUUGUAAAUAAAUUUCCGGUGCAAUUUUUCACUUUUAUUCCGGGCAUUUGCAGUCUCUUUCAGUGAUUUAAAGGUCGAUUUCUCGAUGUCUGGAUUUGGGGUAGUCCAGGCAUUUGAAGCAAUUUUUUAAGUUUCUUCCUGGAAUUUAUUUUUUUUUAUAAUCCAGACUUUUGUGGUAACUCUUAAAUGAAUUUCAAACAUCCAGUGCAAUUGUCGUUUUUAUUCCAGGUAUUUAAGGACCUUCCAGACAGUUAUUGCAGCGAUUUUAAGAUUUCUGGAGCAAAAAUUGCUUCAGGAAAUCCUCAAAUGCCUAGAAUAAAUUUCUAAAUUUAUUACAGGCAUUUGGAGAAAUUUUUAAUUUUAGUCCAGGAAUUUGGCAUGAUUUUCAAUGUUAUUCCGGGCAUUUGAUGCCAGUUUAACUUUCUUAAUGAAAUUUGUAUCUUCCAGACUUUUAGGGUAAUUUUUGAAUAGAUUGCAAACUUCCCGUGCAAUUUUCACUUUUAUUCCAAACAUUUCUUGGUGCAAUUUUAAGAUUUCUGAAGCAAUUUUCGAAUUUAUUCCAAGCAUUAUUCCAUUAUAGUCUAGGCCCUUGGAAUCAGUUCCAGUUUUACUCCUUGCAUUUGACUCCAUUUUAUGUUUAUUCCUGGAAUUUGAUCCCUUAUAUCUCCUGGACUUUGGGCUUAAUUCCUGAAUAAAUUUCAGACUUCCAGUGCAAUUUUCAAUUUUAUUCCAGGCAUUUGAAUUCUCUUCCAGGGGUCUAAAGCAAUUUUAAGAUUUCUGAAGUAAAGUUGCUUCAAGAAAUACUCAAAUGCCUGGAAUAAAUUUGGAAUUUAUUCCAGGCAUUUGGAGAAAUGUUUUAUUUUAUUUCAAGAUUUCAGCAUCAUUUUCACUGUCAUUUGAAGCCAUUUUAAGGUUAUCUCCGGGACUUUUCAGGCAAUUCCUGAAUAAAUUCCCGAUUUCCACUAUUUUCGCAACUUCCUGCCUUCCCAAGACUUUCCUCAAAGUGGACUCCAGGCUGUUGGAGUCACUUGAAGCUUCACCCUCAGUGAAAUUAUAUAUAUUUAUUUAUUAUUUUCUUAGCUGUUUAAUAUUUUUUAAUUUGCCAAUAAACACGCCACUCAUUUUAUAUGAAAACAUGCUAAAAAUGCCUGUUAUAAUCGAAAUCCUUGAUAUAUGACUGACAGGUACUUGACUACGCAAACCGAUUUCUGCGAAUCGUAUAUUUAUUUAUUGUAAAUAUGAUGUAGAUAAGUCUGUGAUUUUUUUUUAUAAAUAAGAUAAAUUAUACUUUAGAAACGUGA